AUGCACGACCCAGUCAAGACACCACCCAAUGUCGUGCUAGACAAUCUUGCCACUGGAAACGUUGGUGUAAAUGAGGCGAUUCUAAGAGUCACCGGGGCUAGCAUUCUCCCGCACCCCGUCCUACUACAGGCUCUGAAGGACUCGUUCUUUGAGCACGUCGUAUUUUACUACUCUGUGGUCGACCCCGGUGAUGUUGCCGGCCCAAAUGCAUCUGUGCUUCUCCAGCAAGCAGUUUGCUUAGCAGGCGGCCUAAUGCGACACGGAGAGGAUAGCGUCGGUCUCGCGGGUUCGCAAUACGAGAAAGCCAAAACGCUGAUUCAUGUUGGCUUCGAGCCUGACCAGUUGACGGUGCUGAAAUCUCUGUGCCUGAUGUCAUGCUGGAGCGCGUCUUCCCCCUACCUCGUCACGCUAGAUGGUCCAUGGCACUGGACGGGCAUGGCUUCGCGAAUGGCGCUUCAACUCGGUCUUCAGAAACAGUCAUCAUAUUCCAAUCGCCAGGGUGCUGGUUGCUUGCGGCGAAUAUUCUGGCAUCUUCAGACGAGUGAAAUUCUCAUGACAGCCUGCUGGGGUCGACCUCUUCUCAUCAGGCCUGAAGACACUGAUGUACCGCCGAUCUCAGAGGAAGACUUUCCAGUGCAGAACUUUGGCGCGAUUGCUACAACUUGGAUGACGAAACUCAUUCAGAUCGUCGGGGUCAUCACCACCCUGAAAUCCAGGAAAGGUGGCCCAACGUCGGCAGAAGUCGAAGCUGUCGUCGCAUCACUCUACGGCUGGCUGGCUGACUUGCCCGAAGACUUACGACUUUUCAACCCCGACGGCACCAGAAAGCCAUUCAAUCAAGAACGUGCCGAGACUUUCAUCUUCUACUUCGUCGCCAUCAUCCUGACUCAGACGGCCAGCAGAAGUGCAUCGCCGACGUGGAGAACUUCGCCGGCAUCGGUCCUUGCUGCAUCCUGUGCUGCUCGGCUUUAUGACGAGAUCCGAUGCAGAGAGAGAGUUGUACACCUGAUACACUACCACGCCUUCCUUGUAUUAGCCGUCGGUGUUGUCUUAAUAUCUCAUCAACCUCAAUCGCAAGAGAAAGAGACCUUACUCCGCAGAGAUCUUGAUGUUAUACAUUCCAUUCUUGAGGGUAUGAGCGCCAAGUAUGGAGGGGCUCGCGCUAUUUUGCAAAAGUUUAAAGACGCGCCACGAGACUUUGGGGGUGACCGGGUUGAUGAGUCCUCGUGUACGAGAAGCGACACGGCAGGCUCCCAUACUUUGUCAACAGCAAAGAUUGUGCAGCGCCAUAUGGGCGACCUAUUUGCCUUUCCAUCAGAAAUGUGCGAGAACAUGGAUAUCCUAUCACAGAAUAACGACACUAGAGACGAAGUUAUUUUCCAGGACGAUGCUUUUGGAAAUUUUGGGCAGAUGGGUGAGGAUUUCGACGACAUUAACUCGUUCAUGGAUGUACUUGGCAUGGACUUCACAAAUUUCGAUGGCGCCAAUGGCUAA